CUUAGAUUAAUAAUUUUCCCAAUUAAGUAAUAUCCUUUAGUUGGGAAGCACAAUUAAACACAGUGAAUUCUUUUUUUCUUUUUAUGUGUGUUGAGAACAGUGGUGGGUUUCUACCGGUUCGCCCCAGUGGUGGCGGCAAUAGGCUCCACCCACCCGCCCGGACGUCAUACGGAUGCUCUGCACAUGUGCAAAGGGUUCUGUGCAUGCACAGAAGCACCGCGUGCGCGCUCCCGGUUCCGAACUGGCAGUGAAGAUCUGCUGCAUUUCAGAAUGAACCUAUUAUGUUCCCUGCUUAUGUUCGUAUUAUUCUUCAGAGUUCAGUUUGGAAAACCUGCAGACAGCUAUUAUCCUCUAAAGAGCUUCUGGCCUCAAGCUAAACCCUCCAGAGGCACAGCCAACUGGAUCCACUGGGCUAAUGACAUCCCAUGUUCUGAAAGGAGCUUCAGCUCUGCUGCAGAAGGUCUGAAACCCACAGUAACCCUUCUGUGCAAGCGGCAAGAGCAUCAAAUGCAGUUAUGGCCAGGGACGCCUCCAACAAAAAGCAAGGGGGUUCCAUUACUGGAAGGGGCAUUGCUGUUAGAAGGGACCCAGGAUCUCUCCACCUACAACUGGAAUUCCUUUGGGUUAAGAUAUGGAAAGAGGCAAGCAGUAAAAGCCCAGGAAAAAUCAAGAAAGCCUCAAGCAUAAUGGAGAGGGGGGUAUACAGAGGAGGGGAUGGUUUGAGAUGGAUCCCUUUUUCAUUGUUCCAAAGUUAUAACUACCGACAUUCUUUAAAUAUUAUUGUUGUUCAGUCUUUAAGUCAUGUCUGACUCUUUGCUACUCGGUGGACUAUAGCAGUGAUGGCAAACCUUUUAGGCACUGAGUGCCCAAACUGCGUGCACAUGCCCAAACUGAAAGAUGCAUGCGAGCGCACAAAUGUGUGCAUGCAUGCACGUGCACGGACAUGCAUGGACAUGCAAGCAUGUGCAGCAGUGAUCGGAAGACCAGCUGGCCGGCAGGAGGUGGGGCAUACAACACCGGCAGUGCGGCAAGAGAUAAGAUCUUUUUCUUUCGUGAGCUUCUGUUUUGUCGUUUGCAGGGAAACAGAAGCUUGUGAAAGAAAUGCCACGGAGAUCUGACCUGGGGCGAUGGUGCACAUGCCAGCAGAGAGGGCUCUGCGUGCCAUCUCUGCAUGCAUGCCAUAGGUUUGCCAUCACGGGACUAUAGCAUGCUAGCCCCCCCACCGCACCCCGUCCUUCACUGUUUCCCAGAUUUGCCCAAAUUCAUGUUCAUUGUAUUUAUACUAUCUAACCAUCUCAUCCUCUGCCGUGCCUUUCUCCUUUUCCCUUCGAAAUUCUUUGGCAUUGCCCUUCUUUGGGAUUGGAGUGCAAAUCAAUCUUUUCCAAUCCUGUAGCCAUGGUUGACUUUUCCGAACUUGCUUGCACAUUGAGCACAGCCCUUUAACAGCAUCGUCUUUUAGGAUUUUAAAUAACUCAGAUGGAAUACCGUCACCAAAGCUAACUCUUUGAGUUUUUAACCAAAUAGGUUGAAAAAUGUGCCAUUCACGGAUAAGCCAAUUGUAAGAAUUAAAGUGUAUGGACAUUUUGAGGUUUUAUUUUUUACCAUGUUUCAUGCUAUUUUGGUGAAAAAUUGAGGCUUGGCUUUUCUACAGAAGGGCUUAUAUUGUAUGUGGGAUAUAUGGUACAUGUUUUUUUUAGAAUUAGUCAUUGUUUCUUGCUUUCUUUAACACCAGG